GGUCCGUGGUUUCUGAUUUAAAAUGGACAAGCAUUGAAAUAUCCAGUUGAAUUGAUCGUUGCUUUACAUAUUUCAUGCGCGAUCGUAAAACAAAGCAGAUGGAAUUCUACAGCACAAAGUUAUACUUCUGUUUCCACUAAUUAACAAAAUAUGCAAGUCAGUCGCCUGGCCAAGAGCGUCACUUUUGCCGCGUGCAGCCCCUACUCCAGCGUGGCUCUGCGAGGUUUGUCUUCAAUCAGUAUUAUGUCCAGGCUGUUUGGAGGCUCAUUCAGCGAGCCUAAACCUAAGAAAGUUCCCAGCUACCUAAAGGUGCAUGGUGUUGAAAUCCAGGACGAGUUUCAGUGGUUAAAAGAUCGUGGAUCGAGGGUAAGCUAAUAUUCUUUAUGUCACGUGUAGCUACUAUACACUCUUGACUAACUCCAUACACGCUGUUUUAAAACAAAGUUUUCACCGUUGUUUUGUUUUCUCCAAGAAUAUUGAUAUUAUAGAAGUAUGCAUAUUGUGCUACAUCGUAUCAAUGGUUUUCCCAGGAUGGGAAGGGUGGGUGGGGGAGAUAGCCACCAGGUAAAACCCCUAACCCUGACCCUGGCCCCUGACCAUGGCCCCCCCCCCCCCCCAUCCCCCAGAAUUUCAUCAGGCUUCCUGACAGUUAGCCAGUACCCAUUUAUAAUCUUCUGGUUGGAGAGACACACUAUGAGAGGAAGGUGUCUCGCUUAAGAACACAACACCUGGCCAGAUUUGGAACCCUGACCUCUGGAUCUAGAGUCCAGUGCACUGCUCACCAAGCCAAUGCAUGUCCAUAGGGCCAUGUGGAAAUCUUGCUUGAGAUUACUGGAAAGCAAACAACAGCUGAUUUAAAUCUUAAUUUGGAAUUUCACUGAUAGGAGCAGAACUACAUCUCACAAAACAGUUUCUGUGCAUCACAUGUUCAGUCAGACAUUCAUGCAAGGAGUAGCUCUGCUUUAAACAGAUGGCAAGGGCAAGAUUUAAGCUGUUUUUUUUGCUUUCCCUUCGUAAAUAUGAGCAGCCCAAUAUGCACUUCUGGGAAGUUCAGGGAUGGUCUCUGCAAAUGCAAUGUAGUUGACUUUUACUAGUCAUUUACAUGUACAUGUACUACACCUUUGAGUGGCGUAUACCUUUCUUUUCUGUUCCUAGGCUGUACGCAAUUAUGUCAAACAAGAAAACAGGUGAGAUUUGCCGACUUUACUAUAUCUUCAUCCUUGCACUACUGUAUUGCAUAUAUUUUAUACUUUAUUCAUGUACAUGUACAGUAGGUCUUUGUGAUGAAACCCGCUUCAGGUUCAGCUGAAACAAUAUUUAUCCCUUCUGUUUUUUUCUUUAUAAUUUUUCCACUUAAAAAAAUACCCAUUCAGGUGUUUUUUUAUCAUUAAUUCUCUUUUGACAUAUGCUUAUAUAUAUAUACAUAGAUAUUGUGAUGCUGUGUUGUCUGAUACAGAAGCUUUCCAGGAGAAUCUAACAAAUGAGAUGAAAGACUGGUUUCAUAAACAUUUUGAUGAUGAGUCUGUUCCAGAAGUAAGUUUACAAGUCAUCAGUCUUGAAGAAUUUCCUCAGAAGCACACACAGUUAUUAUGACUACUGGACCCUUAACAUCUUCUCAUUAGGAUACCUAUUCUCUAUACUGUUCUCUGUACAUUUCUGAUAAUACUGAUAAGAAGAAUUUAACUAACAGUCUAAAGCUUCUUUUGUUGGUGAUCAUUUCCUUUAUUCUCAUGACCUUAAUGUUUGACUCAGGGAUAAUACUAUAAGGAGAAAUCAGAUACUAGUCAAUCCUAGGGUUAAAGGGUCAAUGAUUAUAAAUCCUCAAGAUGAUAAAAGAAGGAAAAGUCUACUUUAAAGCUAUUUUACUGGUUCACACCCUGUAGAGCUUCUGUAGAUUUUAGUACCCUGAGGUGAACAAAGGUAUUAUUUAUUCCCCUGGAUGCAAAGCCAGACUAUGUUUAUCAGGCCCUGCUAUUUUUAUAAUGUCUUAUCACCAUUUCACUCUAGAGUUCUUCAAUAGCCUUUCUCCUCUACAAACAAGAUUUGAUAAAAAUGAUUAAUAUGGUCUUAUCAUAUAUUUGAGCAUACAUUUCAUACAUUUCCAGUCAAUAAAAUGAUAUGUUAAACAAUUAUGAAGGAGACAAAUUUAUUGAUCAUCAACAAAAGUAAUACUGAAAACUCUGGUUGAAGCCAGUUUAUUCUGAAUGGAAGUACUGGUUGUCUGGAAUGAUCUUGAUUCAAGGGUGCCAGGAAAGACAGGCAGCAAAUAUUUAUCCUUGUUUUAAAAUUUGGGUUUGUGUUUCUUUUUUUUAUUUCAAAUUGUUAUGACACUUAACUCAACCAGUUCUGUAUUUUUUGGCAGGAGCUAGAUGGUUAUAUCUAUUAUUUGAGCAAUCCUCCCAAAGACUCUAACCUACCUGUGUAUCGUAGGAGAAAAAUAUUAGAAGGUAUUAAUGUCAUUAGUAAUUAAACAAUUUUUUAUCAAAUGUGUCACCAGUAAAUUGAUUUUGUUAUAAAAAUUUAAUAAAGACUUUCAGUCGGUCAGUAUGUCCAAAAGUUCAUUGAGUGGGACAAAGGGAAAAAGAUUGCUUCCUUUUGUUUGGCAUUUAGUGAUUCUAAGUUAGAUUUCCAACCUUCUGUUAAUUUCGAUUUUUUUGGUUGCAUUGUACUUUUCCCCUUACUUCAAGCUGGUAGCUUAUGAUCAUGAUAUUUAUGAGCAUGAUUUUCACUGUACAAUAAUUUCUGAUCGGCUGUUAACUUUGGUUUGUAACUGAUUGCCUUUUCUUUUACUUAUUCAGUCAGUUAUUUAUGUUGUUGUUACUUUAGAUGGCUCUUAUGGUGACCCAGAAACAAUACUAGACCAGAAUGAAUUAAAAGAACGAUAUAAUUAUGUUUCAAUACCAAGAAUUAAAAUAUCUCCCUCAGGAAGGGUAAGUAUAGUAUUUAUGAUAAAUGUGUUAAUUAUAUAUUUGACAAACUAAACAUAUUUUGAAUAAAGGGGGUAUUAAGUUUCUAAAGAAACUGUGGUACUGCAUCGGUGGGAGAGUAUAGCAGGUAAUUUAGUGUUAACAACUGAGUUGAAAACGUAAAUUGGCCAUCGUAAAGGGUAAAAAGCUGACGUUCUGAGCAUUAGCCCUUCGUCAGAGUGGUUGCAGUUUAUGUUUUCAACUCAGUUGUCAAUACUAAAUUACCUGCUAAACGUGUUUUGCUGAAUUUUAUGUGAUGAAUUCUUCGUCCAUUUUCAUGAAAUUUCUUCAAUCCUUUACUCCCCAACAUCAAUUCUCCCCUCUGGCUGAUACACAUUUCCUUGUAAUUAAUUUAUCAAAUCUUUAACUCCCAGUUCAAAUUUGUUAUUUUCCUUACUGUCAACCAUACAAUUCUUAUAAAAUUAUUUCAGAGAAUUUAGUAUUGGAUCAACUAAUUAUCCCCGAAAUGAUAUUUUUCUUUAUUCUCAUCACUUAUCUGGUUGAUACUGUGUUGAUAUUGUAAGGAGAAAUUCUUUCUUGGUCACACAUGGGAGUUAAAGGGUUUUUAAUAACAGGAAUUUGGCAUUAGAUCAAGAUAACAACUUCUUCCUGAUGAGUUUGAGUAUUCUCAUUUAGUUGUUUGCUGGAUGAUGUAUGGAGAAGUUACAUGUUCACCACUUUUGGGAGUUAAAGGGGUGAUUUAUUUUGCACAUUGGAUUAUUAUUUUGAACUCUGCUUUAUUUUAUAAUGGGCUCAUUGAAGAAACAGUUUGAGGAAACAAGUGUCAUGUAUUCCAAUCUGUUUUUAUAGUACAUAGGCUUUUUGCUGGACAAAAGUAAUACUGGAAUGUACACCUUGUUUGUCACCGAGGCACAUGAAGGGAUCAUUAAUUUUAUUGAUGCCAUACCAAAUGUUGUGAAUUUUGGUGAGUUUUAUGAAUUUCUAAAAAGAGUCAUGACUUUUAUAUGAAAAUGAUUUUAUAAAAUUUAAUAAAUAGAUGCUGUUUGUUUGGCUUUGAUCUUGUCUUGGUUUCAAAGAAACAGUACUCUUAUGGUACAAGUAAAUUGUCUUGCCUGGGAACACUGGUACAGUGACCCUUUUCUGGACUCAAACAGGGCUCAUGAUCCAGGAUAUAGUUAGGCAAAAACUAAUGGCCUUCCAAUUUCCCUUUGCAAUAUGUUUGCACUUCAGAACAAGUAUUGGAAAAGGUGAGGUUUUUAACAGUAAUAAUAAUUAUGAAUAUUUCCUUUCAAUUUUUAGAAUGGGGAUGCGAUGACCUCACCAUUUACUACAGCAGACCAGAUGAACAAAAUCGACCAUUUGCUGUGUUAAUGCACAAAACCUGUCAGAGUGUUCUAACAGAUGUUGUUCUGCAUGAAGAGAAAGAUGAAAGGUAGGUCAAAAUGAUUUUUUAUUGCACAGUUUUGUAAUAAUUCUCCUGAUAAGGUUGAAUACAUUUAUGGAAAAUAACCCACUUUUACAAUAUCUCAAUGCCGUUUUAUACUGGCACUCCUCUAUUGUGUGUAAAGUCCAUCACUAUUAUUGCUGUUCUUGAACAUUUCAAUCGUGAGAAGUGUGAUACAGUGAAUGUUUUGAUAUUCCUUGAUGAAUUAUGUUGGUACUUAACUAAUCUUUUUCCAUAGAUUUAUUGUUGAUGUAAGUGCUACUAAAGACAGGGAAUUUAUUACAAUCAACUGCAACUCAAGGUCAACAUCUGAGGUAAGUCUGUUAUUCAAGUCGGCGAUGACUUAAUUAAAGACAUAUAAACCUCCACUUAUGCAUCAAUCUUAGCACCCAGCCUUGCCAAAAAAGUUUCAGACAACAAAUUUCUUAAUGUCACAAGAGUGGACAUGUUUGAGCAGACCUAAAUGGCCUUUGCUUCUCUUUGAGCUGCUUUGACACUGUGGAUCAAUAUCAGUAUCUGGACAACUUCCCACCUACCCCUCCCCUAACCCAACAUUAACCCUAACUUGUUAUCAAUAGACUGUUGUUGGGUUAGGGGAGGGGUAGGUGGGUAGUUACUUGGAUACUGAUAUUGAUCCAACUCUUUUAAAAUUGUUAAACAGGCUCCUGUCUGAUAAACAAUCUGACAUUGCAUGCUUAGUUGUAAAAAAUAAUAUUUUAUUUAUGGUAUACUUGAUACAACUCUUCACUCUGAAACAGAAUAUACAAUAACAGGCAAGGUUAUUUGCCAAAGCCUGGGUUUAAACAAGCCUGUUGUAUACAUGUAUGUUCUGGAAGAAUAGCAGUACAGGGUAUGUUCCUCACUCCUUCCCCCUAGCUUCUGGCAGGAUCUCUUAUGUAAGAUCUCUUGAAUUCUGCUCAUCAAGUAGAGUAUGAAUUUAAAUAUUAAGUUGCAAUAAACACUGGCAUGUAAGUUCACUUUUCCCCAAAAAAUUUCAUAACUACACUUGUCUGUACAUUGCAAACAACCCAACAAACAAACUAAAGAUUUCCUGUUGUUUUAUGUAAAAAUUUCUUGAAAAUCUAACAAGAAUAAAGAAAAAUUCGGGCACAAUACCUGAGUAAGAUUAAACAUACUUCUAAGUUGGUGGACAUUGUGCUGACUCCAUACCAAUUACAGCUAAUAUUAUUGGGAAGGAUUCAUAUUUUUUUUUAAAUGUGCGUUUGAUGAAUUAUGCAACCAAAAUAAAGCAACCUUCUCACAACUCUACUUGUGAUUUCUUUUGAAUUCUUUUCAAAACUUUUUUUCCAAAACCUGACUCGAGGUGUGGUUCAUCUCUAAGUGUAGGUUAUAUGCCAGUGGUUACUGAGAAAAAAAAAAAAGAGAAAGAAAUCAUUUAAUUUGACUCACUGCAUUCCUUUUUCUAGGUUAGCAUUGUAGACAUCAAGGAUGGUUCAUUUGUUUGUAAACCUCUCCACCCGAGGCAACAGGGGAUGGAAUACUAUGUGGAUCAUAGAGAUGAUCAGUUUUAUAUAAUAACAAAUGCGGAUGAAAAAAACUAUCGAGUAAGUAUAUCCAUGGCACAAUAAUAAAGUUUUCAAUCAUCCUGCAACAAAAAGUCAUACAAACUUCUCUUUGUAAAGUCUGGAAGUUGUAGGGGCUGGUUAAGAGCACAGGUGACCCAAGUUAUCCAUCGUUAGGUUUCCUACUGCUUCUCUCAUUUCAUCAAGGAUUUGACUGAAGAUUUACUCUUAUAGCUCUCUUGGUGAAUUGCAGCAGGGGGGGUGGGGUGGGGUGGGGUGAUACCUUCAUGAAUUUAACAUACCAUAUGAAAGAAAAAGCAAUUCUCAAAGGUGAUUUAACUGCUAAUGAAACUGAGAAUUGUAAGGACUUUUCAAAUGAGAGCAGUUUUGAAUGUUCAUGUUUUUAUUUAGGUGAUGGCUGCACCAAAGAGCAAUCCAGCAAAGGAAAACUGGCAAACAUUUAUUAAAGACAAAGCAGAGGUAACAGUUAGAACAUAGUUUGUUUUGUGAAUUAAAAAUCAAUGGCUUAUUAAUUUGUUUGUUAUUCUUACAUGUGUUUGAUUUGAUUUUUUUCCAGAAUUUCCUAGAUGAUAUGGAUAUAUUUCAGAACUACUGUGUGGUAUAUGAGAGAUGUAAAACAAUUCCCCAGCUCCGUGUUGUACCACUAGAUACACCUCAAGAUCAGUAUGUAGUGCAGGUACUGUAGAAGGAAUUUUAAGCUCUUAAUUUUUUGUACCAUCCAAAUGCAAUAUGUUAAAAUGGUGCUGAGCCAACCUUAAGGCCUUUCUGCACUCUUGAACAAAACUAGAAUUGUCCCAUCAAAAUCAAAGGACAAAUUUUGUCAUGACAAAUUUUUGUCAGUGGUGUGUUUGAAGAUUUGUCCGCUUCUACCAAAACUUGUCAAGUUGUGACAAACCAUUUGUACUCAUAAAAUGUUGGUGAUGAUAGAAAAUUUUUCUUAAUGAACAACUUAGGUUUGAUUUUGCCACUCUCUUGUGUCUGGUGAGUAUGGGCUCAUAUUCCUGAACAGCAGCUGGUAAUUGAGCCUAAGCCAACCUAAUAUGUAAUUUCUUUUUAAUUUCCACUGAUGUAUCAUGAUUACAAAAUGGCAAAAUGAAAAAAAAUUUAAAAAGAUUAAAAAAACCAUUCUUAUGCACUGUGAUUGAAAUGAUUGGAUCAAGAGGCGGCAAGGAGUGAAGUGCCUUGCCAAAAAUACAACUUGGUUAACUUGUAAGGGACCAACCCAGACCCACAGGGGGUCAUUACAGAGCUACAAGUUACAACCGUUUUGGUUGCCAUGGCAAGAGAAAAAUAUAUUUGGCAACUGAAAUUUCAAAAAAAGUUGCCAAUUGGUGACUGACAGGUUUUUGAAAAAAAAAAGGAAAGAAAAUGCAAAAAAUUUAUAAACCCUUGUCGAAUUAUCAAAGAUUAAAUGCAAACAAACUGUUUUGUAACUCCCAGAUACAUGUCUUGACCAAAUGUUUUUUAUGGCAACCAUUUUACAAUAUUGAUGGUUUCCAAAGUGCAACUUUUUGAAAAAUUGAGCUUGGAGCCCUGCAUUUUUAUUUAAUAAAUUGCUAAUGGGGAUGUGCUGCUGGAAGGGGUUGCUUUUAAUGAGACUGGAUUGACUCUAAUGGGGUAGCAUUUUCAAUAGAGUUACUAGAAUGGGGUCACACAUUUUUGCGAUUUUGGUGGCCAAAAAUUCUGGUACAGAAUUCUGUAUGUAGGAAUUCAUAAAUGGGAAGAUUUGCAGUUAGCAAAUGUACCAGAAUAUUUGUACUGUAUGUGAAAAGUAAAGUGGUCUACACUCAGUUUAACAAGUCCUUAAACUCAAAAAGCUUCCACAGGGAGAUACAUUCACAGAAAGUGACUAAAUUGGAAUCACAAAAAUGACAUUUGCCCAAAAGUGACUUAGAUUGGUUCAGUCUAUAAAUAGUAAAAAAAAAAAAUUAUUAUAAUGUAAAAUGAUUGGGGUUCUAGAACAAAAAUUUAUAUUCCAAAUCGGCACUUAAUACCGGAAUCAACAAAGCGUUUUUCAUUCAACUAAUUUAUUCCUGUUUUCCCCCCCCCACCAAUGGGGGUCCUACAUAUAAAUCCACACACAACCCACUUACUAAUUGGCACUGAGCCCACGGUGGCUAAUUUACGUUUUCAACCCUUCUAAAGUACAUUGAGUCUAUAAAUGAUUUUUUUUAAAUUUUUCCCUAUAGUACCUCCCUUCAGUACAUGACUUGAUUUUUGUUUAAAUUUUUCUAUAUUGCAGCUUCCUGAAGAUGUUUGUGUUUUAGAAGCUGGAUCCAAUCUGGUAAUUUAUGAUAUGUUUGUUAAAAAAAUAUUCUGCAUAUACAGGUAUAUUUGUGCAGAUGUCCAGGAAACCAUUAAAAUAUAAUUCCUGAUGGGAAAUAUUUUUGGCAAUAAUUUUCCUUUUCCUCCUAGAUGUUUGAUCAGGACAGUGUGCGACUAACAGUUUCCUCACCAAUAUUACCAGCUCAAGUCUUGGAGUAUAACAUGGGGACCAAGUCAAUGGUACGUCGAGGUUAAAAGACAGUGUUGAAUUAGCUUCUCAGCAAGAAAAACUUCAGGUCAUAGGACACUAAAUUAACAUCACAUUACAUUGAUAAAGAUUGCUGUAGAAUUUAAUUUUAUACCUGGUAACCCUCAGUGUUUAUCAACCUGGCCAAUCCCAAUAUCUCAUAUUAGUAAUUCUUCUUACUGUCUGUGAUUCAAUUCUUAGAGUGUUGUUUGGGAGAAUUUGGUAUUGAAGAGACUUAAAUAAUCCCCCAAUUGAUAUUUUUCUUUAUUCUCAUAAAAUGUCUGCUUGAUAUUGUAUUGACAUUGUAAGGAGAAAUUCUGUUUUGGUUACUCAUGGAAGUGAGAUGUGUAAUGCUAAAUGUACUUUUUGACAAUUGACGUUUAACACAUCAUUUUUAAAAAAAAUAAGUGAAGGAUGCAAAGAAGCACUCUUUGUUUUAAGGUGAAGUGACAUUUGUGCCCCCAAAUUUUAUAAGAGACUUCUGUCACAUACUUUAUUGAAAACUUUUUUUUAUGUCCUUUCUUCCCCAGCAUGCUUUUCCUUGUUGUUCUUUCCGAGCCACCAUCCCCUUAAUUAUUGGAUCAUCAUUUAGAUCAACAAGCAUUAUUCUUACCUUAGUCUUUACUUUCCUCAGGUUGAAAAACAUAGCUUCUCUGUUUUGCCAUCUUUUGACAGCUCAGACUUUUGCUGCACCCGACUUGAAAUACAAAGUAAAGUAAGAUACAUCAUGUUUUGAUUAAUUCAAAUCAAUGAUAAUAAUGAUAAUAUUUUUGUUGAUAUAAAACUGCUGCAACUUGAUGGGAACUCAUAUAGCUGUUAGGGUUUUGGCAGAGUGAAUAUGUACAAUUCACAAAGGAUGUAGUUGUUAAAAUGCUUUUAAUCCCAAGUGUUUUCACAGCCGCACCUCAUUCUUGAUUUAAUUUCUGAAGGGAAAGAGACGUCUGUACUCAGGCUAGUGAUCCUAGACGUUUUUGUGUCAAGAACACAGAAUUUUAAUGAAAAUUUAUGAUUAUAUGAAUUAAACAACGUGGCAUACAUGUACAUGUAUCUCCAAAUGGCAACAAAACAAGUACUGGAAAAUCCAUCUACACUGUAAUUCCUGCUCAGAAUAUUUAAAGAUUUUCUGCAACAAUGAGUUUGGGUAAAGGAAAAAAAAAUUGAAAUAGUGGGCUGCACUACCCUAACUACAGGUUACACAAUAAUUUGAAAGAAUGUCUUUAAAAUUCAUCCCAUUUGUCAAGACGUAUUGGUCAGCCAUAAGAUUUCAGUAUUAUGCAAUUAUUGUAAACAUUUUUAAAAUACCAAACAGAUAACCAACAGGUUGAGCUGUUUCAAAAGAUAGGCCUUAGUUAGCGUAUGUUUUUUCGUAUGAGAGGUCACAUAAAAUUCAGUGACGAUGAUGGUGGCUUUUAUUUUGGGUACAUUAGGAUGGAACUCACAUACCUGUCACGUUAAUUCAUCACAAAGAUCUAAAAAAGGAAGGAAGCAAUCCCCUACUUCUACAUGUUUAUGGUAAUGACUGUAUUUUUUCCCUUUUUCUUUUUCAAAACUUGCCUUACUUACUCGUAAAGAAAGUAAGCUUUAUCAUCGGUACAUUUGAGGAAGUCUUACCUUCAGAAUAUUUAUUUCACUCUAAAAAUAUAUAGGACAUAGUUCCUCUACACUGCUUGUUAACAAAUGUUCUUAAUCGAAAACACUUAAUGUAUCAUUUCGUAACAUAUAGCUUGCCAAAAAUAGUCUAGUUUGAUAGUAAGUAGAAUCUAAACAAUGUUAAAAGAAAGAAAAAUUUAAGGCACUGGAACCUCCCUCUUUUUUUUCAUUUUAAUUAAUUUCCUUUGCUUAUUUUGUGUGGUCAGUACCCCUUUUAUUUGCUCAUUGAUCUAAUUUUUUCUUUCUUUUCUAUUAACAUCGCUAUGUGAUGUAGUUCCUGUGACGUACAGGACUGUAGUGUUUACUGUGGCACAAUAAAAAAUUGAAAUAAAAAAAAAAAGAUAAAUUAACAGUUUUCUCAAAUAUAUCUACCUCAAGGUGAAUUACUGUGCACUAUAUAAUUGAUAACCUGUAUGUUGUAGGCUCCUACGGUAUCAAUGUCAACAUGGGUUUUGAUGUGGAAAGGAUCAGUCUGUUAAAACGGGGAUGGUGUCUUGCUUUCUGUCAUGUCAGGUAAUUUAUUUAAUAUAUAGAUUUGUCAAUUUUUUUUUUUUCUCGCACGUCUCAAAGGGGGUUUUGAGGGUCGUCUGGAAAGGACCACUGGUCUGUUAAUUGGCGUGCCCACGGGAUGGUGUCAUGUUACAUCCCAAUUUUUUCGGCUUGAUGGGUUACUACUAUUUUGUAUAAUUAUAGGGCUAUGCUCUGCGAGCUCCGCUAACAUAAUGAUCUAACCCAUGUGACUGUGAAGAAACUUUAGCAAGUGGGGCUGUUGAUUUUUUUAGUAAUCUUUUUUUGCUCAAUUAUGUUUUCCAUUAUUUAAUUUUGAAUCAAGUAUUAUUGAAUGUCAUGAAUUGUGGGAUUAAACUACUAACAGAAAUGAGAAUAGACAGGCAACUGCUCAUUAGUUCUGCGCUGCCAUAUUUUCCAGGUUUCUUACUGUAAUAAACAUUUCAUGUUAAAUAAAAAUGAGAUCUGUAUUCUACAGAGGUGGUGGAGAACUUGGACGGGAGUGGUACUUAGAUGGAAAGUUACAGAAUAAACAUAAAGGCUUUGAGGUAUAUACUUGUCAUUGGAUAAUAGGUGUCAUUUACAGCUCAAAAAUUUUGUUGCUUUCAGAGUAUUUUAUCGGAAAAUGACAGGUAUUUCGCCUUGCAGGAUUUUGAAGCUUGUGCUAAAGCACUGCAUAAUUUGGGGUAUUCCAACCCACAGUUAACAGCAGCACGCGGGACAAGUGCAGGGGGAUUGAUAGUGGGAGCCGUCUGUAACAGAUCACCUGAGUUAUUUAAGGCAGUUAUUCUUAAGGUUAGACUACUUUUAUAGAACGUAGUAUGUUGCUGUUUUUGUCUUUGCUUUUUUUUUGACGAUAAAUUGUAAACGGUGAUGAUUAAAAUGAGGUUGAUGCAGAUGAUGAUGACAGUGUUGACUACAAUAAUGUUGAUGAUGAUGACAACUAUGGUUAAAUGUUUAUUGACUGUGAAUAUAUGAAAUAUCACUUCACGAGUUUGUUACGAACCAACAUGAUGACCAGCUCCCAGUUAACUUGUUAGCCCAGUUGGUAGAGCACUGCACCGGUAUCGCAGAGGUCAUGGAUUCAAAUCCCGUUCUUGCCUGAGUUUUUUUUCAGGCCUUAUUUUCACUGCUGCUUAAGUAAUGUUCAUUACUGCAAAGAUGGCUUUCAUAUUCACUUAAUUUUUAUUGCUGGCUUUUUGUUACUGCAUGGAUCCCAACUAAGCUUUGAACUCUCAGUUAAUAAAUUGUCCUUCAGGAUUUUAUCAGGUCUGAAGUUUGAGAAAAAGUGAACGCAAUUUUUUUCGAGACUUAAUUGUAGUUAAAAUCAAUUUUACCAUGCUCUAUCGUUUAGAAAACUCUUUUGAUGUAUCAUUCCUUUAGUUACAAGGCAUUGUUACAUUGUUAAUCAGAGCUUCCUCUGACAGGUUCCAUUUUUAGAUAUUUUGACGUCAAUGUUGGAUCCUUCUCUUCCAUUGACAGUUCAAGAAUAUGAAGAGUGGGGUGAACCUGGGUAUGAAAUAUUUGUUCAGUGUCCUUAAGAUGUACUUGUUAAUAGAAAAUGCAUGCAAGAUUAUUUGGAAGUUUUUGAGAGAUUUCUGUGAUUUUUGGGUUAGUCCUGAAACAGAGUAAUUAAGUAUUAUCAACUGAGUUGAUAACGUAAAUUGGCCAGCGUAAAAGGUUUAAAAGCUGAUGUUUCGAGCGUUAGCCCUUCGUCAGAGUGAAUGGGAACGAAGGGCUAACGCCCGAAACGUCAGCUUUGAAGCUCUUUACCCUGGCCAAUUUACGUGAUCAACUCAGGUGAUAAUACUUAAUUUAAUAAUAACUAAUUACCCUGUUAUACUCUCCCAAAGACGUAGGUUCUUUAGAAACAUACCCCCUUUAUUCAUUAGUCCUGAAACAGGCAACUGUUGGCAGAGACCUGGCCAGUACUAUCAUCUGUAGCUUGUACAUACAUUCAGGCUCUCAUCAGGGCUGUGACACAAACGGCAAGGCGCAUGCGUUCAAAGCAUUAAUGAGACUCUGCUCGUUGGCUUAACAUUAUCUGAGACACUUUCUCUACAAGUCCAGUCAUCCAUGCAUCCCUGUUCUUGAACAUUUCAAUUAUGAACUUAACGUAUGCAAUUUUAUUUUCAGGUUGGAUGAAAAAGAUUUUCAUUACAUCAAAUCGUACUGUCCGUACCAGAAUAUUAAAAAUCAGGUAAAGUUCUGAAACAGUUAUGCAAAUCUUAGUAUGUUUAAACAGUCAGGAUUAAAUUAAACAAUUGUUGGCUAAACCUCGGUUAGCUUAAUUGCGCUUUGAUGGACCCGGGCUGUUUUCAGCGCACUAACCAUUUCGCUACCUCAUCUCCUAUGAACAUGACUACAGGAUGCAGUUAAACGAAUUUAUUAUUUGUAAACUGUUUUAUUGUUAAUAUUGUGACUUCUACAGGUGUACCCUUCAGUGAUGGUGACCACGGCAAUGAAUGAUGAUCGUGUGCCUUACUGGCUGCCACUGAAGUGGGUCGCUCGACUGAGAGAUCAGUUGUCGCACCACGCCCAGGGAGAAAAGCCGCUGGUUGUCUGUCAUGUUGAAUAUUAUGGAGGACACUCAGAAACAGAAGGAGUGUACCACAGAAUUGAAAAGGUAGGUUUAUUACAUUCUUUGAUUUCUUUUCCACACUGCUUAAAGGAGCUUCACAUAAUUUACCACUUUAGAUUUUUUCAAUCCAAAUGGCAGAUAUUGGUAGAAAUGAUACUAGUUCUGAUACCCAUAGCAUGAAGCAUGCUAUGUAAGCAGUUCGCUUACAGCUUGGGUCGUUUCGCCAAUGUCUCAAGUCAUUUCACUCAUGUCUCAUUGGUUAUUUCACUAACGUUUAAGUUAUUUUACUAAGGUCUUAUUUUAGUUCUGUUUUCUUAGAAGUAACGACCUCCAAAUUUACCCUUUACUUUGUAUCAAAAUGACUUGAGUUGUAUCGAGUCGACUUUCUGCAUGUAUCUUUCUGCAUCGACAUAACGAACCGUCGAUACAACGAACCAAUUUCUCCAGUCCUUUGGCACUUCGUCAAAUCGAAGUUCCACUAUAAUUUUAUUCACUCGAUAACCGCAAGAUGUAAUACGAAAAUUAAUGUUGGCACGUUUAAGAUUAAUGUACUGGUAUAUACACUGCACUUUUACAGAACUACAUAUACAAUGUACAGCUGUACCAUUUCUCAUAUGCAAGCAAAAUCCAAGCCCUGUCACAAGUCAAACCACUUUUAUCAAAUUGUGUUAAAAAAAUAUGAAGAAAAUAUUGAAAAGUAAUUGUUUUUAUUUUUGAUAUAUUUCUUUUUUCACUGUUUUCAUAGGCAGCAAAGGAGUACGCUUUUCUUUUCAAGGCAUUAGGACUGCCCCUGGAGUAAUAUUUGAACUUUGUUCUGUGGAUGAUGACAGCUUUAGAUCAAGAGGUGGAAGGAUUGUGGACUGUGAAGUUUUACUUGCGACGAUGUAGUGAAUAAAAUAUUUUGAAAGAGGC